AUGCGCAUGGACAUCGGCGAUCUCAUGAAUUCGGAAAUGUACGUCUGCACGUACAACCAGUUCAAGGAGUACUACCUCCCCAAGUGUGAUGAUGAGACGAUGUCCUUUGUGAAUGAUGCUCUGAAGGCAUCCGAAUUCCUUGUCCCUCGCGAGGAAAGGACUGGACUAGAUGACGGAGCCGCGGUGGGGAAUGAAGAUGAAGAUGCGCCGAGCGACGACGCCGGGUCUGUUCGAGAGAGCAAUGACGAGCUUCCACAGGAACGUGGUGAGCUAAAUGGAGAGGUUGGGGAAGUUGACGAAGGGAACGAGGGCGAAGGAGAAGAAUGUGAGGAGAUCGAGGAACAAGGUUAUGUAUCCGACGACGAAGGCGAGGAUGACCAAGGAGCCGAAGGAGAAGGCGACUCGAACUCACAGGUCUACUCUCACGUGCUGUGUAACUUCCAAAUGAAGCCCUCCCUGUUGAGGAAAAAAGCCAAAAACAAUACGACCAGCUCAUCUGACAAGCCGAAGACCUCCAACACUCACGAGAACAAGGUGUUCAGUCCACUUGGCGAAAUCGGAACCGAGAUCCUCAAGGCGUUGGACGAGAAAGGUAUCAAAAGGAACGGUAGUCAUCUUCGAAUGUGUCCACACACGACAAUCUAUUCCAACAUCCCUGGAUGCAAUCAAGAAAUCGACGCAUGUUUGACGAAGAACAAAUCGAAAGCGCUCGACAUCGCCGACAUCCUCGUUCCCUUUGAGUUUAAGCUAGCCUACACCAUUGCUAAGGUGUUCCUGAAUCGCCGACAGGUUGUGUCCCAAGCCAACCACACAAUGAACGAUGAUCCUCGUCGCAGAUUCAUGUUCGCGAUUACCAUUGAAGACGACCGUGUGUCGCUCUGGUUUUUCUCUCGAUCGCAUUCAGUCAAGGCAAAGUCGUUUAGCAUGAUUGAUCGACCUGAUCUUCUCGUCGAGGUUCUGGUUUCACUCUUCUGCGCGACAGAGGAACAACUUGGAUUGGACCCUCUUGUUCACCUGACGGAAGACCGACGAUACGUCUACGAGUUUCCCCCCAACAAGACGCGACCCAAACCCAUCUUCUAUCGCACCACAGGAACUGUCAUCGAGGCCCGAACCCAGCGUCUGAUCUGCCGCGCCACACGCAUCUGGAGGGUGAUCCAGGUGGAGUCUCCAGAUCAUACGGAGGCCAUCGAGGGGUCGAAAGAGAUGAUCCUCAAAGACGUCUCCCUCCCCGAGGAGUUCCGGACAGAGUUCGAGAUUCAACGCGACUUAUUUAGAGACCUCGAAGAUUUAGCUAAGGACAAGGAAUGGCGUCAGCGCGAGAUACUGAAGGAUUUUGUCGCGGAAGACUUGGUUUCACUGGAACGUGCAUUGCAAGGCGGUUUCAAGAGGUAUUUCUCUUGCAUUAUCGACGAACACGUUGGUGAAGUUACUCCUCCGCUUUGCCCUGGGGCAUGGGCCGCCACUACUCCGAUGUUUACCGAACCAAGGACCAUAGCUCCAGACCACAACAGGAAUCGUGCAGCCCCUGGUACACGGGCACCAAGAAGGCCUACUGCUGGCCCCCCUGGCGAACUUGGCACCAUACAGGAAGAGCUGCAACACAGGGGCUUCAAUCCUCGGCGGCCGUGUCGCCUGAUCUUUGACGAACCAUGCAUACCACUUAGCGACGUGCCUACACUGGGCGAGCUGGUUGACAUUGUUCAACAGUGCUUGAUCCCUCUGCGACUUAUGUUCUGCGUUGGAUGGGUCCAUCGGGAUAUCAGUCCAGGAAACAUCCUUGUUUUUCGUACAUCCCCAACGGCUCAGUGGCAAGUUAAACUCUCGGACCUAGAGUAUGCCAAGCGGUUUCCAUGCGACGAUCAGCCUAGUCCGAUACCCAAGACAGGAACCCCUGCCUUUAUGGCAUGCGAGAUCCUUACAAAAUCACUGAUUUCCAAGACCGGCACUGGCAAAGGAGUCUCGAGGAGAAAGGGUCCCAACAAAUUGCCGGUCAUCCACAACUAUCAGCACGAUCUGGAGUCACUUUGGUGGAUCAUUCUAUGGGCGAUCACCAUGAGGGUGAAGCAGAGCUUGCAAAGGGCUAAUCUCCUGUUUCGCGAAGCGAACGCACAUGCUCGGCGCGGCGUUUUUACCGAUGAAGAUAGUAUUGAAGACCACGAACAGGUCUACCCAUGUUUCCCAGUGCUCCUUUGCCUUUCCGGCUUUGUAGAGCAACUCGAUCUCCUGCGAAUCUACUUUGAGAGCGAGUACAUUUCGCGUAAUCGUGGAAAUAAGCAGCAGGAUAUUGGGACCUACUCUUUGAUCGUUAGCGAAGGAUUUUGGAAUUUCUUCGAAGGCAUUAAGGGAAGCAGGAAGGUCUGGGGAGACCUUCCGCUCUUGACGGACACUGAAUUAGCGCCUGGAACAACGGCGCCCAGGGGAACCAAGCGCAAGUACUCCGACAUGAACAGGGCACCUCAACGUUCGAAGGACGCGCCGAAUCCCCAAUCUCUGAAGCAGGAUGAUCGCACGUUGAAGUCAGCUCACUCCACAGCGACACCUAAGGGAGGGCAUGGUGAAAAAGUGACCAACCAGGAAAUUGAAGAGGGUCAAGAACAGCCGGCGUCAAAGAAGGCUCGUGCUUAA